AUGUCAUCAACACGAACUGCUCCACGAACAACAAAUAUUAAUAAAACAACGCCAACAUUAAAUACACAUCAUACAAAUGGUUCAACUAAUUCGUAUGAUAUUAAUAAUUCAACGGCUAAUGUUAACAAUACAUCUGAAAUUGAUUCAAAUUUACAAAGAUCAGUUUUAACAAAGAAUACUUCUCAAUCGGAAGGUAUUUAUCGAAAUCCUCGAUUUAUUCAUGCAGUGACUAUUGGAUUAUUGGGUCAACCAGUCAUUAUUCAAACAACUGAACGAGAACGUUUUCAUGGUAUACUUGAAACAAUAUCAGCAAAUGGUGAUGUUAUUUUAUCAGUUGCUCAUCGAUUAGAUAAUAAUAAUAAUGAUAUUAUGGGAUUAUCAACAUCACUUAUCGAUCUAUUUGAUACAAUUGAUAAUUCAUCACAAUCAUUUGAAUUAAAUAAACGUAUUAUUCCAUCAACUAAUAUUGUUGAAAUAAUUGCUGGUGAUAUUGAUUUAUCUGGCAGUGGAAAAUGUGUACUUGAUGAAAAUCCAAAGGCAACUCAAUUAGAAGAUGAACGUUUUAAUCGUAUGGAACAUUUUUAUGGUACAGGUGAAGUUGAUCCAGAUACAUUCGAAUAUCUUGAUCUUGGGGAUGAUGGAAAUGCUGGUUAUGAUCCAGAAGAUAUGUUUGAUACAAAUCGAGAAAAAUUCAAUACAACAACAGAUUUUGAUGAAAGCAAAUAUACAAAUGUUCCUAUUCGUCAAAUGACAGCUGAUGAAUUAGCAGAAAUAGAAAAGAAAGUGACAGAAAUUGAAAAAGCAACUCGAAAUGAUGAUAUCGAUGAAGAUGAUGCAGGUGUAAAACGUCCAUCUGAAUAUAAUCAAACACAAAGUGUUGAUGAUGGAAAUAGUAAUACUAAAAAUAAUCCAUCAUCACGUCCACAUACAAAUGAUCGUCGAUCAGAUUUUCGUUAUGAUACAGAAUAUAAUCCAUCAAAACGUGGUAAUUGGCGUGAACAACGAACUGGCGGUGGUAGUGGUGGUAAUCGACGUGGUGGCAGUGGUGGUGGUGGUUCAAAUAAUUAUUCAAUGAAUAAUCCAAAAUCAAAUCAACGUUCUGAACAAACACAAUAUACAUCAUCACGUUCAUCUGAACAAUCAACAAAUAAUCGUCAACAACAAUUUAAAUCACGUAAUAAUCGUUUUACAGAUAAUCGUUCACCACAUGAAGGACGUGAUUCACCAUUACAAAUAACAAAUGAUGAAACGACACGUGGCCAAAGAAUCAAUAGUGGUAGUCUUUCACAAGGACAAAAUUCAGGUCCAACAAGUCCAUCAACAACAGUUCCAGCACGUACUAUUUAUCCAACAAAUAAUCGACCACCUAUUGGAAGAAAUUCACCAGCACCAUAUACAGGUAGUUCAUCAUCUCGAAAUAAUUCGACAACAACAACAACAUCACCAUCGCCAACAACAACAUCAGCAGCAACAUCAUAUCAAACAAAUUCUACUGGAACAGGAAAUUAUUCUCAACAAUCAAAUAAUAAAAUGGCUAAAAAACCAAUACGUAAUGAACAAUCAACAACUGAUGAAUCAGAUCAACCAAAACCACAACGUAAUCAACAACAAACUUCUUCAAAUAAUCAAUCAAAUACAGUUCCACUUAAUCGUCCAUCACAAUUACAUACUCAACAAAUAAGACAACAACAACAACAACAACAGCAACAACAACAAAUUUCAUCAUCUAAUAAUAAUGCUCCACCUCCAUUAGCACUUCCAACUCAAGACGAUCAUUCAUCUAGUCAUGAAUCAACAAUAAAUCCGAAUCAGUCGGAUCAAGCAAUACAUUUAACAAAUACGCCUGUUUAUACACAGCAUACAACUGGAACAAUAACACCUGGUAGUGUUAAAACAACUUCAGGCUUAAAUCCAGAAGCAGAUGAAUUUGUUCCUGUAUUUUCGCGUGAAAGUAGUUCUCGACCAGAAUCUCGUGGAGCAACAAGCUCAAUGUCGAUCAAUACAUUUAUUCCACAUCCUCAUCCACAAGCACUUCAUCUUUUACAACAACAACAACAACAACAACAACAACAACAACAACAACAACAGCAACAACAACAACAACAGCAACAACAACAACAAGCACAACAAUCAUCAAUGAUGGCACAAACACAUCCUCAAAAUGCAGCAGCUUUAUAUCAACAAUAUUAUCAACCAUCAUUUACCAAUAUGGCACCGUUUGUUACUUCUACACCACAACAAAUGAAUGUUAAUAUGAUGAGUGCACAGAUGAUGCCACCACAAACACAACAACAAUUAGCUGGUAAUGGACCAAAUACAAAUAAUUCAGGCACAGGUGGAAUGACAACACCUAGUGGUAAUUCUGGUCCAACAUAUAAAACAAAUACUAAUCCAGUACAUAGUGGAGAUACUGGAAAUAGUGGUGUUAAUAAUGUUGCACCGAAAAAAGCUGUUGUAUCAGUUCAACGUCCCGAACAAUCUAAUGUACCUCAACAACAGCAAGUAACUGGUGCUUCACAAAUGGUAUAUCCAGCUACAUCAAUUCGAUAUUAUCAACCUGAAUAUAAUAUGACACAACAAGCAACUCCACAAUCCAUGCAAUUACAACAAAUACCAUUUUAUUAUCCUAUUAAUCCAUCGGGUAUUAUUCAAGCAGCUGCAGCAGCAGCAUCUGGUGUAGGUCAACCUCAAAACAUAAUGAUUCCUUCGACUAGUUCAUCAGCUGGACCGGGUACACAGGGUCCACCUUCAAUAUAUUAUCAAGGAAUGUAUCCAGAUCCACGUAUGUAUGGAGUAUAUCCGUCAGCAGCAUCAGUUAAUCCAGGUGGUGUAAAUCCGAAUUGGCAAUUGGCUCGUUCACCUCCUCAUCAACAACAACAGCAACAACAACCAACAGAUCAGCAACGAGCUUAUGUUGGUGGACAAAAUGUACCUCAAGUACCUCCACCAACAGGUGCCCCAAAUACUGGUGGUGGCGGUCGAUCAGGAUCAACAUCGGGCCCAUCAGGUCAGGCUGGUGCUAGUUCUGCUGGUCCUU